UUAGCGAGUGAUCGACCAGUAACUGCAUUGCUGGCAGCAAAAUAAAACAGUUCAGUUGUCAUCCUGCUCAGCUGCAAGUGCAAAAGGAUGUGCUGCACAGUGCGGCCAGUGAAACCAGAUCGAAUGAAAUGAUCGCCCCUGUUCAGGGUUCAAAGUUCGGCCGGGAUCAAACGUGCGUGAGUGUGCUAAAAGAAGCAAUAAAACUGGCAAGUGGAAAGUCCAUAACGAAGCGCACGUCUCGACAACCGAUUUUUGCUCGCACGAUUCAAUUCGACCAUAAAGGGAGCAACUUUUACUCCACCCCACCCGUCGCUGGUGAGUUCAACAAAGCAAGAAUAAAAAUAAAAACGAAAAAUACAGAACGUGCGCUAUGGCCGGGAACGGGUUUCGACCGUUGAACAUACCGAAAAUGAAAAACGUGGGAUAGUGUAAAUAAUUAAAAACGAUAAAUGACAAUUUGAAAAUAAUUACGUGCUGCAUUACGUGGAUGCAACCGGGUUCAAAGUGCUUCAGUGUGUGUUUGUGUGUGUGUCUGUGAACAAAUUUGGAGUGUGGUUUAAAAGCUUAACUCGUGCAACAACGCAUAAACGGUGGUAAAUACUGUCCCGGUCGGAAUCAUCAAACAGUGGCUGGUGGAGCAGAAACGAAACACACAAAAAAAACCACACAUAUACGCACGAACAGAUACUGCUUUGUACACGUGUAUUAAACCAUUAAUCAACCGUAAAUCUUUUACUACCACCAAAUGUGGCAAGUGCAUACGAUCGAUGGAAGUGUGGCAAAGGGUACAAUUAAAAAAUAAUCUGUUAAUGCAGAGCAAAUAUUUCGGGGGUUGAUAAAAUCAUCAUCAUUACAAAAAAGGAAAUAUAAUGAAGUGUUUCUGGAUGUUAUGAAAAGUGAAGCAAACAAAAGAGAUGUGAGUAAAAAGUUGUUUGCAAAACCCAAUAAAGCGUAUAAGAAAACAAAAAAAAAAGGAGUGAAAAAAGUGAAACAUACACAAAGGUGCCACAGAAUAUCAGAAAGCUAGUUAAACAAUACCAAAGCAGUGCAGCAAAAAAAAAAAUAAAACCAAAAAAUGAAUACAAAACACAUCAAAUAGUGUGCAAAAAGUGAAAAAUAAGUGCAAGUGUAUUAAACGUGAACAAAACAGAAGAGAAACCAACGAAACAAAGAAAAAAUAAGCACAUCAACGAAGGCACGCCAAAAUUUACAUCGAAAGGAUUGCAUCAACCCGGCACGUCAGGCGGUGCGCAUUCGGCCGAACCUGAUUGGUGGAGGCGCAAAAAUGGAUUCUCGGAAGCCCACAGGAAAACGCUCCACCGAGCGUUUUCUGCUGAUUCGUGCGGGAUCGAUAUUUUUAAUCGGGAUCAUCAUUUUCGUACCAGUGAUAGCAGCCCUGCGAGACGUCCAGGUACAGGUGCCACCCGCUGUGCGGCGGGGAGACACAGCCACCCUGCACUGCUACUACGACAUGGACGGGGAAAGUUUGUACUCGGUUAAAUGGUACAAGGGACGGCGAGAGUUCUAUCGCUACACACCGAAGGAAAGCCCACCGAUGAAAAUAUUUGCCGCCCAGGGUGUUCAAGUAAAGCGUUCCGCCUCCAACGAAAGUCAGCUCACGCUGCUUGGACUGUCGCUCGCAUCGUCCGGCAAGUAUAGCUGUGAAGUGUCAGCCGAUGCACCUUCCUUUCACACCAUGAUCGUGACCGGUGAUCUGGAAGUAUGCGAGGUCCCGAAGCAUGUGCCCUCGAUACAUGGUAUGCGGACGCGGUACCGGAUCGGGGACAUCGUACGCGGAAACUGCACGUCCCACAACUCGCGCCCACCGGCCAACCUAACCUGGUACAUCAACGAGGCACAGGCUAAUCCAUCCUAUAUCCGCACACACAAACCGUUCCGGGAGCGAAAGAACGAGUUCGAGACGUCACUUGCCGGCAUACACUUCGUGGUGGGCAGCCACCAUUUCGUGAACGGCAAGCUAAAGAUCCGAUGUACGGCUAGAAUACACGACAUCUAUCUACAGUCUACGGAACGUUCGAUCGAUGAGGAUCGACCACGCGUUAUUCCGGCUGCUUCGUCGGCGAACAGCAAUGGAAAUGGUGCCAAUGGCAAUGCGGUUCCAUACGACCAUUUUCCACCGUACGCUGAGAAUGAACUCGACCGGAAGGACUACAUGACUCAUCUUCAGGGAGACAUGGCGUCUUCGGGGAGUGCUCCUUCGGCUCGCUCAGCUCUUCCCACGGUAUCGCUUAACAGUAUCGAUCAUUUCCGGCUGACAUCCAUCAAUCAACUCAGCUGGACGUUCGGCCCACUCACGGUACUGUUGCUGCCCCUUGCACACCCACUGCUCUGUUCGCUCGUCAGCCGCCUAUCUGCGUGCCUGCGGGCAUGAUUUCGGGUGGACAACGAAUCACAACCGCGCGCGUGGCCGGUUCAGUGAUUUCCGCAUUAUCGAGCGUCCAUAAUUAGCAGCUCCGACCACCGUUCGGACCACUGUGCGAAGGAGAGGAGUUUCGAAGUCAGUUCGAAGUGCCGUGUUUCGGUGUAGCUUAAUUCACACUUAAUUCAACGUCGUGUCGCAACCUGCCGGGAGAGACACUACGGAUGCAUCCCUUCAUACAGGUAUAAUAGAUUUAAUGUGGCUGAUAUGGUGGAAGUGAACUAAAAAAUACCCAAAAAGAAAAACGGUAACCGGAUGUAGGCUGCGCGCUCUUGUAUUGUAAAACAAAGCAAAACAAAACCAAAAAUGAUAUAUUUAAAAGACUUUGCUAAAGCAAACGCAAUGAGCCUCAACGAAUAACGAGUAGAAAGUCGAACGGCCAUGGGCCGUAGGGAAUGGUGCGGAAAGGGAAGCAAAUUAACAAUGGGUAAGUAUUGUGGUGUAAUGUGUAUUAGCAUGUUAAGGUAAUGGUCGUUGCUAUUGAUCGAAAACGGAGUCUAGCUAGUGUUAUUGCAUUGCUCAAUGAUGCAAUUGCGACAGAUGAUUGGUAGCCGAUGCGGUGGGCGUUGCAUUUUGAAGGGAUUUCUAUUAGAGUUACUAAAAUAGAAGGUGAAACCUUGAGAACAAUCUUCGCGAUCGCAAGAGAUCUAGUUCUAAGCUCAGUAGUGCUCACAAAUAGGCCAUACUAUGAAGCAAAUACGGGGUGAAGACGGUUAUAGGUGUACGUGUUUGUGUAAAUUGUCCAACAGCGUAACAGUAUCUGUAUUUUUUCGUUCCUUUGGCUUUGGCCGAUUGUUUAUUUAUCCAUGUAUUUAUUAAUUUCCUGUACUUUACUAUGAGCGCUAUACUCGUUUGAUAUUCUCAUUGCAUAACUUUAGGCGCGCUAGUGCAACCUUGUUUCAUGCUCUGACGUAAUACAAUGGAUAAUGGACUUUUCAUUACUACGUCACAAUUACCCAGUGUGUUGGCGAGAUUUUCUUUUAUUUCACCGGAAAUGGAGAAAAAAAAUUUAAAACACCCAUUGCACAUUACUGCCGUUGACUUUUUGAAGUUAAUGAGAACCCUUCGUAGAAAAGCUUCCGCCGAAACAACCUUCCCCGUGGGCGAACGCAAUCCGGUCAAACACUGUUGACGUCAAACAAAUUUUGACGAAUUUGUUCAGUUUAAAUGCCUUCGUAAAAACCCCUUUGUUUUCCAUUCAUUAUGCAUCAUGUUGUUAGACGAUUUUCAUUGUGUAAAUAAUUAGUGAAUAUAACAACUUAAUGCUAAGUGGGACAGCGUUUCUAAGGAUUAUGAUAACGUAACACUGUCGAGCGAUACAGCACACUGAAGAAAAAACAGUCAUUUAAGAAAAUCUAACGAGCACGGACAGCAGCAGUAUUGGGCAGCGAAAGAAUACACUUCCGAGUGGUUAUUCAGGAGGAAAAAAAGUAAAACAGAAAAUGUUUCACUUCAGAACAUGAUUGUACGAUAGACAUGCACAUGUAACAUGCGUGAAGCUGUUAUAAUAAGGCACCAGGAGAUUUGACAAUCAACUGUCGCUCUUGGGUCAGUUAUUGCAAACCAUUUUAAGUGUGAUAAGCGAUAAGUUGGUGAGCCAGAGGAAAAGCGCGAAUGGAACCAUUACGUAAAAAACACAGACAAAAAAUGAUUCCAAAUGACGAAAGCCAGACGAAAGUUUGAUCCACAUUAUUCAGCUUUAGUAAGUUCCGCAGGGAAAAUAUCUUCAUCCGUGCACUACUACAAACGCAUCCUUUAGCAGUCUGAGGGUGUUUGCAAGUGGUCAGAAAUAUUAACUCGAACGAGCUGAGAUGUAAAUUGUGCUGACUAAUUGAAUUGUGUACCGUUCGGAAUGGGACAGGCAGCAGCAGC